UUUUUUUUACGUACAUUGAGUUUGGCAGCUAUCAGAGAAGAUACACGAAAGAACUUGCUUUUGGAUGAAAACACCAAACUUAUUUGUCAAGGGUUUACUGGGAAGCAAGGCACAUUCCAUUCACAACAAACGCUUGAUUAUAAAACCAAACUGGUCGGAGGUGUUUCUCCCGGUAAAGGCGGUUCAACCCACCUAGGUCUUCCUGUGUUUAAUUCCGUGAAGGAAGCACGCGAUGGUACCGGUGCGACGGCCACCGUUAUCUACGUUCCUCCUGCUUUCGCACCGGCUGCAAUUUCCGAGGCCAUUGACGCUGAGAUGCCCCUAAUUGUAUGCAUAACAGAAGGCAUUCCUCAACAUGAUAUGAUUCGCAUUAAAAAGCGCUUACUAAACCAAUCUCACUCCCGUUUGAUCGGUCCAAACUGUCCCGGCAUCAUCAAACCGAACGUGUGCAAAAUCGGGAUCAUGCCUGGACAUAUUCACACUCCCGGAAAAGUCGGUAUUGUUUCGCGGUCGGGUACUCUGACUUACGAAGCAGUGUUUCAAACAACACAGGCGGGCCUGGGCCAGUCACUAUGCGUCGGAAUCGGUGGCGAUCCUUUCAAUGGAACUAAUUUUAUCGACUGCUUAGACAUUUUCCUCAAAGAUCCCAACACCGAGGCAAUCGUCCUGCUCGGAGAAAUUGGGGGUGAAGCAGAGGAGAAAGCUGCUGCAUUUUUGAAAGAACGAAACACCGGUCCUAACCGAAAACCGGUUGUUUCGUUCAUCGCUGGUCUGACCGCACCCCCUGGCCGACGUAUGGGUCACGCCGGCGCUAUCAUAUCAAUGGGAAAAGGUGGUGCCAAAGAAAAGAUGGCAUGUCUCGAGGAUGCCGGUGUUUACGUAACCUCUUCUCCAGCUCAAAUAGGCUCUACCAUGCUUAAGGUAAGAACUGUCCAGCUAACUUCCGAUUAG